CCGAUCGACAUCAUGGCUGUACCUCUUUUCCCGGCUACGGUUGUUGGUGCGGUGCCUCGGCUCAUCCUAUCAGCCGAAAAAGAUCGCGAGAUGUACCAGCGCAAGGUGGCCAAGCAAGCUACAGAGACGAUGGUUCUGCCAGGUGGUGGCAGUGCUGAAGAGGCUUCCAAGGCCAUCCAGGACGAUGGUGAUCAUGUCCCUGACUCCAAGGGCGAGGGUGAUGGUGAUCAUGUCACUGGCUCCAAGGGCGAGGGUGAUGCUGAUCAUGUCGCUGACCCCAAGGGCGAGGGUAAUGGUGAUCAUGUCGCUGACCCCAAGGGCGAGGGUGAUCAUGAUACUUUCACUGAGAGUGACGACGAGGCGAAGCACCCGGACGUGACCCGAGGUGAUCAGUUGUCUUUGAAGAGUCGCCGUAAGGCUGGGAACGGGAAAGGCAAGACCACGCAGAAGGCAGUCAUUCGAAGGGGCAAAAGCCGAAAGCUUCGGAAACUCAAGUCCAUGAAGAAGAAGCAAACCAAAGCCUCAGCCGACAGCCGGGAGUGGCAGGAUUGGGAGGAUUCCGAAGGGGGGUGGGAUGGUGAGGAUUGGAAUGGUUGGGAAGAGGAGCCGGAGAUCCCGACCAAGGGCAGAGCCGCCAAAUCGAAGCCGGGACCCAAGCCGAAAGCGAAAGCCUCCCCUAAGGGCAAAGCAAAAGCAAAGGCCAAGGCGAAAGCUUCUGCCAAAAAGGACGACCCAGCCAAGCCCAAGCCCAAGGCCAAAGCAAAGCAAGCAGCAAAGCCGAAGCCCACGAAGGUUGAUUGCCCACCCGAACCUAAGCGCAAAAGGGGCAAGACAGCCGAGCCCGCCGAGCAUCGGCCCGAGUCGGUUUCGCCUACUUUCAAGCAGCUCAAGGACAAGCUCUUGAAGUUUGUGGAGCAGCACAGCGGCCGUGAGUUGGAUGCUGCUUUCAAAAAAGAGCUUCGUGGGGUGUGUCAAAACCCUUUGGUGAACAGCAGCCUGAACAUCUACUGGAAGCGACCUGGUUGUGGGGUAACUUGCAAGGCCUUGUCCAAGGAUUUCGGCUACUACUACUUUAAAGCCGACGGUGUGGAUUUCCUUGAUCGUCUUCUGCUUUCUUGCAAAGCUGGCCAGGAGAUUGUGUUCCAGAUCAACUAG